CUCCUCCCUCUCCCCCCCCCCCUCUCGCGGUGACGUCACUCCCCGCCUCCUCCCUGUCCGCCACCGACCGCCGCGAUGGCGGAGGCUCUGGGGCCGCAGCAGCCGCAGCAGCAGCAGCACACGCACUUCUGCCACCAGUGCACGCGAGAGAUCGACCCCAAGCUGCCCGAUUACACUUGCCCGAGAUGUGACUCCGGGUUCAUUGAGGAAUUGCCUGCGGGAGGAUCUCGGAGUACCAUCAAUCACAGAUCCAGGGUGUAUGAAGAAGACCCAUACAUGCUCUUGGACCAGUUCUUGUGGCAAUCGGUGUUCGUACAGGACCCAUCUACCCUGGCCCGGUCUUGGGAUCAGGAUGGGAGAGCAGCAAGCCCCAGCUCGUCUGACGAUGAAGAGGAGAGGGAACAAGGAGUUCCAGCAGAUACGAGCCGAGGAUGGGACAGCCAGAGGCAAGGACGGAGCACCAGUCGGGACAGCGCUGGCAACACAUUUCUGCAGACGCACAACGGACGGGCCCCCUCCGUCGAAGGGAUUAUUCAGCACCUUUUAGGAAGCUUUCUCGGACGGCAGUUUGCACCAUGGGGAGCCCUGCAUUCUGAUCCUGGAGACUACGUGUGGGGAGUAAACGGCAUUGAUCAAAUAAUCACGCAGCUCCUGGGACAGCUGGACAACUCUGGCCCGCCACCUGCUGACAAAGACAAAAUCAUGGCUAUCCCAACCAUAAGCAUCUCAUCAGAGCAAGUCGAUUGCGGUUUGGAAUGCUCCGUUUGCAAAGAGGACUUUGAUGAAGGGGAGAAAGCCAGGCAGCUGCCUUGUAAACACAUCUACCACACGGACUGCAUUAUCCCGUGGCUAGAAAUGCACGACACGUGCCCUGUGUGCCGCACGAGCCUGAGCGGAGAGAGCACGGCCACGGCGCAGCACGCCUUCUCCGGGCCUUAUCCCGCCCCGGGGAGUGCCCCUUCCUCGGAGCCCCAGGGCCCCGGCACCAGCCAGGACGUAUAGCGCACGUCGCUGCCACCGUCGCUGCCGCUGCCCGCUGCCGCCACCGCCGCUGCCGCCACCACCGCCACCCACGCAACCGCCCCCAGCUUUCGCCUGAAGUAUCCGCACCACCACCACCUUGCCGAGCCAUGGAACAUGGCCACUAUAAACGUUCGCCUACCAAAUUUGCUGGCGGACGACCACCUUUACGGUGGAGGGUCGUCUCUUGCGUUAACUUACACUCGAGGGUAGCGAACUGCGUAGAUGCAACACAUGCCGAUCAUAUUCAUAACAGUGUGUUUAGGCUGUGUCCUCGUGUUUAGUAUUGAUGACGCUGCACACUGCGAAGGAUUGUAUGCGUAUGAUUUUUAAAUGUGAGGUUGGAGCCCUUCACGCAUUGGCUUGCAUUAGUUUUAAAUGGAACUUUGCUAUAACGAUACCGGCCUUUUCAGACUGGAGGCAUGAUGCAGUGCCAAGCUGUCCGAUAUUUCUCUAGGUGCCGCCACCCCUGUUACGGGCAGUGCUGUUUCCAGGAGAUCUGUAGGCCCGGUGCAAAGCUCAUCGUUGCACAGUCAGCUUGCACAGUUGAACAGCUCUUGCUCUGGGAUACAAUGGCGCAAUACGAAUGAUGUACAAGCCAGCCCAUGAACAUCAUCGAUUUUCAAUCCAGUGGAAAAAAACUAAUCUGCAAUUUUAACACAUUCAGAGGCUGUGAAAGCAAUGUAAACGCCAAUAAACACAAUUUGUCGACAUUUCAAACAAUUUGUCGACUUUUGUUGGGCUCGAGUGACGUGGUAAAGCAAUCUUUUGCGGAAUUCUAAUGCAAGGCAAGAUAAAGCCAGUGUAUUUAGCCAACAGGUCUUUCUCAAGGUGCACUUUUAGCAAAAAAAACUCUGCUUUGCCAGUAAAAUAAUGUGUAAUUCCACCAUGUGUAUAGCAUCCCUAUUGCUGUUGCAGAAACCCUGUUAGUGCUUAUUUAUGCCAACACUGUUACAAAUACAAUACUUUAAAUUUUAACGCAACUCAUUUUUAAUUUUAGGGUAGUUUCUACCCGAAUCACUUUUAAACAUUGAAAUAACGUGAACAAUGUUAGUGAGUGGUGUAAAAUGAACGUGGGAUAAAAUGGUUAACAAGGGAGAAUGAAUGUUGUUUUUGGUUGUGAAGUGAAAGUUAAUGUUUCUUUUCUCCUGAGUUGUUUCUUCACGGUGCACAGAACAAAGUGACAUUAUCAGCAACUUACAUUUUUUGCUCUUUGAGUUGAAAAAUUCUAUUCCUUUCCCCUGAGCCUUACAUAGCAAAAAUCUUGUUUUGUUGUUUAUGGUACGCAGUGUAAUGUUUUUUCAAAGUUUGAGAAAUGUGUAUACAGUUUUGGAUUUCUGUUGUAUAAUAAGGGUGUUUAAAGGAGUUUGCUUCACCAAUAUUGAUAAUGAUGAUGCAUGAGGGUCAAUUUGGAAAUAUAAAAUUGUGCGUUAUUGGUAUUUCUAGAUUGUGACUUGCACUUGUGUUUUGUCAGAUAUAUAAUAUUCCAUAUAUUGGUACACCAUACUGUUGUUCUAUGUGGAUUAUCAUGCAAGUUUUUGUUCUUAUUGUUUAACAAAGAAAAAAAUAGACACCUUAUAUUGGCAGCUUGUUGUUGUUGUUGAGUUUGGUUUUUCUGAGCAAACAUUUGUGUAUUUGAACACUUUUCAUGUUGGUGACUCGUCUUGACAAACGGAUAUUUUUGUGCAAAAAUUUUACAUUCACGUAAAAAAAUGCUAGUCCUUAGUUUCUCGCAAAAAACCCCACGGACGUUAAGGAUAGGCAGUUCGAAAUAAAAUUUUUGGGAUGCACAUACACAUAACGUGUAUAUGCAUGUGGAAGUUGUGUGUACAUAUUUGCACAAUGGAAUAGCAGGCGUUGCAGAUCAAUACCUGUGGGAAAGGAAACUAGAUCUCGACCAUAGUGUCUCGUUUAUACGUCUUCAUUUGUGAUGGCAUAAAACUCUACCAAUAACUGCUGUGAUUUCUGUCAUGCAACUGAACUAAUGUUUUAUGUAAUCUGUGAGCUGUAAAUGUAUACAGUAAAUCUGGCAUUUGUAA